UGUAUCAUCUGGAAUAAGUGGAAGAUAUGCAGGACAGGUAUAACAAUAUAGGGUUUGUUCAGCAGAUAUUAAGUUUAAACUUGGUGCCGAGGCAAAAUGGCACCAAUCGAGGCAACGACACAUCUCUCAGUGAAUUCUCAGAGAUGUGGUACGGCGUGUUUCUGUGGGCAGCAGUGUCAUCGCUGGUGUUCCAUCUGCCGGCCGCCCUCCUCGCCCUCGCCACUCUACGGCAGCACAAGAUCGCCCGCUUCAUGCCCAUCGCCAUCCUCCUCAUGGGCUUCUUGGGGCCAAUCUGUGGAGGUGUCCUUACCAGCGCUGCCAUCGCUGGCGUGUACAAGGCAGCGGGGAAGACCAUGAUGUCUCUGGAGGCCCUGGUGUUUGGCGUUGGCCAGUCCUUCUGCAUCCUCUUCAUCUCCUUCCUCAGGCUCCUGGCCACCCUCUAGCCCCUCCAAACAGCCUGCCUGGCUCUCCAAGCCCAACCCUAGAGCUCCCCCCGCUCUCUGUCCCCCCAGGCGGGGUACUCUCUGUCCAAGGCAAGAGGGACUGGGAGAGGUGUGGAGCUCUGCGACCAGGGAACCGGACCAGAUGGCUUUGGUCUCUCGCCACUGACUGCAGUGUCAGUCCCAGCCCGUUCACUGGCGCUCUCUCUCUAUCGUCAGGGGUCUGUGUCACUCUUAUCAUGCUCUGUCGUCUGUCGUUGCCCUGGACCUGGUGUGUCUGAAGCCAGACUUUGUGGUCGGGAUACUCCAUGAGGCAAUGGAUGAAGAGACGGACAGCCUGGCAGACAAGCCAGCACUAAGACCUGUCGCGCGGUAACCGAUGACGGCAGAAUACCAAGAUAUGCAAGGCGGUGUCUGUUCUUUAAGGGGCCUUACUCUCUGAUCUAAACACAGAGGCUACACUCGUGUGGUCUAUUACGUCUUCAGGGAAGGUUUUUCCUUUUUAUUUUUCCUUUCUUCCCCAUGUUAAUUUCUUCCUUCUUUUAACUUCCUCCUUUCUUUCUCUGAAGUGUAUUUUGAAAAAGCCUUUUCCCUCUUAUUCUAAGACGAUUCUAUAGAGAUAUAGAAUACACUAAUGCACAAUGAUCUAUAUGUUAAGUUCACACUUAAGCUUUAGGCCCCAAGUUUUAGGACUUUAGGACACAUUUUAGGACUGCAGUUGGUUGUCGAUGUUGAAUGCAGUCGAACUGGUUCUGUUGAUAAUUGUAUGAUGGAUAGGUGAAAAGCCCUUUUCAGCAAAGCUGAAGCAACGAAUGAUUCCUGGAACGCAUUUGUUAAUCAAAUCCCAUUCCAAUCUUAAACUCAGCACGAGCAUUCAAAGCUUCUUUUGUUAAAGCUACACGAAUGUAAAACCAUUGUCUUUUUGGUCGUCAGAAAUUAUAUAUUUUAGCAGAGUUGUAUAUUUUUGGGAAUCGAUAUUUUAAUUUAUUGUGUGAGAACGCCUCAUUUACGCUGUGUGAAAUGAUUAGGUUAAUCUUAUAGCAUAUCCCUACAGAUCUCCACAUGACCAAAUCUGUAUAUUUGUGCACAGGGUGACUACUUCUAAGGUGAUUUUGUUUGCCUGUGUUUACUUUUGUCAUGGCAUUGUAUUGUGUGUGUAUAUAGAGAGGUAAUUAUCACUGGAUCAAGUGUGUGUGUUUGUGUGCAAAAUUAGCCUUUUGAGGAAUAUUGAAUUUACUGUAACAUUUGAUUGCUUCAAAUGAGCCAUUUCUGAAUUUGUUGCUUUGAGCGACUUGUUAAAAGGCUGAGACAUUUUGAAGAUUUAUUUUCUACAGGUUGUAAUUCCCUGAUAUGAAUUGAUUUUUGUAUUGUAAUUUUGACAAUUAACGCUAAGUUCUUCACAAGACCAAGACUGGAAGUUUAGAGGAUAACUAUUUUUAACUGAAAUCACAUUUUUCAUUCUUUGAUUCAUUAAACACUUUUAUAUUCUUCUGAUAUUGAUAUUGAUGACAAGGCAAUAAGGAAAGAGUGUGUGCAUAGAGUAGGAAGCGAUAGUUGUGAACCACGUUUUACUGAUCCCCUUCAAGACGAUUCGUUUUCUCUCCAUGCUGAAAACCAAAGAGAGCUGAUGCAUCUGUGUCUGGCCCCAUCAGGCCCAGCAUAACUGGCUAAAUAUGUUUCAUCACUGAAUGCCCAAAAGGUUCCUACUGGUUCGGGAUUAGAAUGCACUGACAUAAUUUGUAAUUGUCAUUAAAAGCUACUCAGAUUGGGGGUGUUGUUGCAGGAGCCAUGGAUUCAGACGUUUAUUUCUACCAGUGUCAAGAAGUACAACAGGUUUUCACCUAAGUUGCAUCCAGAGUGGUUCUAAGAAUGUUCUUACCCUGUAAAAAAAAAUGCAGGUUGCCUUGUAAAAACGAUUAAAUAUUUUGAUCUUUA